AUGCACUUGUGGGCUUAUCGGACGGCCUACAAAACACCCAUUAGGCAUGUCCCCAUUUCGGCUUGUCUAUGGCAAACCGUGCCAUCUACCUGUGGAGUUGGAGCACAAAGCUCUUUGGGCCGUGAGGAAGUUCAACAUGGAAUCGUAGAUGAGCAGGAAGUCAAUCGUAAGCUGCAAUUGAACGAGCUUGAUGAGAUACGGAAUGAGGCGUACGAUAAUGCUCGCAUUUACAAGGAAAAGACAAAGGCCUUUCAUGACAACAUGAUCCGCACCAAGUCCUUCUCAAUUGUUGGACAGAAAGUGCUGUUGUUUCAAUUCUCGUCUUACGUCUAUUUCCCGUCCAAGUUCAAAGUUUCAAAACAGGUCAAGAAUUCAAAAGUGAAUGGGCACCGUUUGAAGCCAUAUUAUGAGAACUUUGUUAGAACAUGUUGUGGAAGAAACAACCACUAUGUGCCGUGGGUUCCCAUGAGGGUUGAUCAAGUGGGCUUUUCGUCCGGCUGCAAGACGUAA